AUGUGGUUUCUUAUCCAGCGCCGUCGGCUUUACCAGCAGGCCGAGGCCGAAACAGCGAAACAAGCUCACGACCGAUCAAACCCACAACCACAAGAACCAACAAACGAUGACACAAAAAACAACCAGCCUAACGAUAACCAUGGCAACCUCACCAAACACAACAAAAUCUACAUCCGAUCCACCACCACGGACGACCCUCUCGACCCCCGCAACUGGCCGCUCCUUUCGCGCGCCAAAAACAUCGCCCUGCUCGCCUACCUCAUCUUCGCGCAAGCCUGGGCCGGCGCCGCCGAGUCCAUGGCCAACCGCGCAGCCAGCAUCGAACAAAACCACAGCCGCGUAGCCGAGAAUCUCGUCGUAGCCAUGUACCUUUUUGGCGUAGGCAUGGGGUCAUUACUUGCGGGGCCUGUAUCAGAUACCAUUGGCCGCAACGCGACCUACCUGACAGGGUCGUUCGUGUAUCUGUGUUUUGUGCUGGGGGCGGCGCUGGCGCCGGGGUUCGGGGGCAGGGUGAUGUGUCGGUUUGGGGUGGGUUUGGCGGGGAGUGCGACGUUGACGGGGAAUGGGGCGAGUGUACGGGAUCAGUUCCGGCCGGUGAAGCGGGCGUUUGUGUUUCCUGUGAUCGCGUGGGCGAAUGUGGCGGCCCCCAUGAUGGCCCCCAUAGCAUGCGGCUGGAUCGUGGAACGUCUCGGUUGGCGCUGGACAGAAUGGAUCACACUCAUUAUUUCCACUCCCGCCUUCCUGCUCGCCCUCUUCUUCCUCCCCGAGACCUCGCUCCCGAUCCUGCUUGACUGGAAGGCCCGCAGCCUCCGUCGCGCCACGGGCGACACCCGGUACGUCUCGGAGCACGCCGAGUCAGCCCACUUCAUGGAGCGCCUACAAAAAGGACUAGCCAUGCCCGCGCGGUUUCUCGUCCGCGAACCUGUGGUGACGGUCCUGAGCAUCUAUCUGUGUCUUCUAUGGGUGCUCGUAUUCACCUUCCUCUCUGGGUUUGACUCGUUGUUCGCGGAAACCUAUGGCCUCUCAACGGCCAUGACGGGAUCAUGCUUCGCAUCCAUUGCGUCGGGAGCCACGUCGUUUACGCUGCUCGCACCGGGGCUGUACAGCUGGGCGCGGCAUCACACAGAGCAUGUCCGAGGAGCUCCCGUAGCACCCGAGUUCCGGUUGUGGCCGGGCAUGAUCGCGGGUCCGCUGCUGCCCGUGGCGUUGUUUUGGCUUGGGUGGGGUAACAGGGCCGAUGUUUCGAUCUGGAGCAGUUUGGGGGCCUGUUUCUUGUUUGGCGCGGUGCUGAUUGCGCUGUACGUUAGCAGCUACGAGUAUUUGAUCGAUAGUUACGGUGAGAACUCGGCCAGCGCACUGUCGAGCAUCACGUUCCCGCGGUACAUGGUUGCUGGCGGGAUGGUGAUGGCGGCGAGGCCGAUGUACAGUGGAUUAGGGGUGCAGUGGACCAUGACGUUGUUGGGGUGUGUUGCUGCGGUGUUAGCGCCGGCGCCGUUGGUGUUUUGGAAGAUGGGGCCUGAGCUGAGAGAGCGGAGUGAAUAUGCCGUCUAG